AUGGUCGACGCUGUAACAAUUGCCAGCAAUGUGACACACCAGCCGACCUUGUAUUUGUCCCCAUUGUUGUCGACAACAGAAUCUCGAUUUUUCAUGUACAUGUUUAGCACUGAAACGGCCACCAGGCUAUUCCCAGCCGCUCCCAAACUCUUCCUUCAAAGGAUGAUUAGUGGUGCUCUCGAAAGGCCCCAUCUGUUUUAUGCUCUGCUGGCAGCGGCCUGUGGUCACCACAGCCGUCUUGUCCAGCAAGACACGAAUCCAAGGUCGAAGAUGAUCGGUCUGAAAUACACAACCUUAGCCAUAUCCCAUUUACGAGCUGCGCUCACAGACCCUGACGAGAUGCUCGAACCGGAAACUCUUACCACUGCAAUGGCCCUGUGCACAAAUGAUGUUUGCAAUGGAAAUAUGAACAUAUGGAGUGUCCAUCUUGACGGAGUCAUCCGACUACUGACUGCGUUCCUGGAGAAUCAGAAAGCUACUUCCAAACAUGACCCUUUCGCCCAAUGCUUGGUAAAGUGGUGUAUCACUAUGGAUGUUCUGGCAGGGUUUUCGAGACUCCGUACCGUUCAAGAUGGACUUUUUGCCCAAUUUUCAACUGGAUCCACUGAGACAAUUGAUGAUAUUAGCGGCUUUUCCUUGCGGCUGGCUCCCCUUCUCGCCCAAAUGCCGCAUCUGGCACAACGUCAUCAUUUAUUAACAACCGGCGAACCUUAUAUUUUAGAGGAGAUUUCUCCGGAAGCGGAGAUACUCGAGGCCAAAAUUUCCUCUCUACUUGACGCCUCGGUAUCUGAAAAAACAUUAAGCCAUAUGGGCGAGCUUUCUUCAGAGCUUCGAAGUACUCACCUCGCAUUCGUGCACGCCGCUUUACUAUACCUCCACCGCCGUAUUCAAAGCCUUCCGAGGAACCAUUUCAAGGUCCGGAGCGACAUCACGAAUAUUAUUCACUCUUGUCAACAGAUUGGUGAAACCUCCUCGGCUAAUAUUCUUAUUUUGUGGCCGAUAUUCACCGCAGGGUGCGAAACUGAGAUCAUCAGUGAACGCGAAUAUAUCCAAAGCCGGAUGAAGAAAAUGCAAGACCUUGGAAUGGGCAAUUAUACGAGAGCGCGAGAAUCUCUGUAUACUUUCUGGGCUUCAGAGACCUCCUUACCCUGGGAUGCUCAUUUCUCGCACAUAGGGAAAGAGGUUGUGCUAUUUUAA